CGAUUCAGUUCAUUGCUGGAGUUCGAUGCUUUCGGUUCGUUUGUCGAAAUGAUGAGUUGUGGAAAGCGUUGUUAUAUUUCAAGUUUCCAUGAAAUAAUGCUUGUUUCGUCUUCGCAACUGGGAUCUCUUCAACAAUAGUCAGGUGCAAGUGAAGCAACAUGUCAAUCCGUUUACACAACAUGAUGAAGUAAUGUGAUCAAUGAUUGUUACGCAAUAUAGUGUGAUUUGUGAUUACAGGAAACUAUAGAACUUCAACCGCGAUAAUAUGGUUCUCGUGAUACUGCUAACCCUGUUGGCUCUCGUGUUUGUUGGGUAUCUGUUACAAGAAUUCCGGAGACCGGCCAAUUAUCCACCAGGACCCCGAUGGCUUCCAUUUAUCGGCAACACACCAAUGAUUCGAAAACUAGCGCGAGUUUGCGGUGGCCAGCAUUUGGCAUUCGAAGCUCUGUCCGCAGAAUACAACAGCCCAGUAAUUGGUCUAAAGCUAGGAAGAGAAUACGUUGUGGUGGCGAUGCAGUAUCCCGCGGUGCGGGAAGUUCACAGCAAAGAAGUAUUCGACGGCAGACCCAACAACUUUUUCAUAAGGCUGCGAACCAUGGGUACAAGACUUGGAGUAACCUGCACCGACGGACCUUUCUGGGCCGAACACCGAAACUUCAUAACGCGUCACUUACGUCAGGCAGGCUAUGGAAGACGACCAAUGCAAUUGCAAAUCCAGAAUGAACUGAAUGAACUGAUUGAUAUUAUAAAUGACUUGAACGAAGAGCCUGCUUGGCCAGGAAGUAUUCUACCUACCAGUGUUAUAAAUGUUUUAUGGACCUUCACAACGGGGACAAGAAUCCCAAGAAACGACGAAAGACUGGCAAGAUUACUCCAGCUGCUGCAAAAUCGCUCGAAGGCAUUCGAUAUGUCAGGCGGAAUUCUAUGUCAGCUACCCUGGCUUCGCCACAUAGCUCCAGAGGGGACCGGAUAUAAUCUUUUGAAAAGAUUCAAUGCGGAAUUGAAUGAAUUUUUCAUGAUCACUAUCAACAAACACCACCAGUCUUACAGUGAAGACAAAUGCGACGACGAUCUUAUUUAUGCUUAUAUCAAGGAAAUGAAGGAGCGAAAAAAUGACGAGAGCUCAACCUUCACAGACCUUCAGCUUACGAUGAUAAUUUUGGACAUAUUCAUCGCAGGAUCACAAACUACCAGUAUUACUAUCGAUUUGGCCUUCAUGAUGAUGGUUUUGAGACCGGAAAUUCAAGAAAGAAUUCAUAAGGAAAUCGACGCAAACAUGCAACAGGACGAAAUGCCACAGCAAAACGAUCGCACAGCUCUUCCGUACAUAGAAGCGUUUCUGCUGGAAGUUCAACGGUUCUUCCAUAUCGUUCCGGUAAGUGGGCCAAGGAGAGCUCUAUCCGAUUGCACCUUGGGUGGAUACCGGAUCCCAAAAAAUACCACAAUUCUAAUGAGUCUCCGGACGGUACACAUGGAUAGCAAUCAUUGGGGUGAUCCAGAGAUAUUCAGACCGGAGCGUUUUCUCGAUGCAGACAAUAAAAUCAUCAACACGGAACGAUUGACGCCGUUCGGGCUUGGCAGGAGACGUUGCCUCGGCGAAUCACUGGCACGAGCUUGCAUGUUUACCUUUUUCGUUGGAAUUUUACAGAAAUUUACUUUAAUCAAACCAACGAAUUGCAACGCGGAUCCGUCUAUCAAAUUAUUACCUGGAAUAACGCUUUCGCCGAAGCCGUACAAAAUUGUGUUUAGACUACGAUGAGACUCAGCUGGCGAUGGAAAUGCCCUCUCUAACAACAUUAGCGACAUCUGUAUAUCAUCAUCGACGAGAGCGCCAUGAGUGAUUCGAGUGACUGUUACGAUACGAUGAAACGAACCUUUUUCACGUAUUGAAAAGCAAAUCCUAACACAGGGAGAGAGAUAAAUAUUGCCUAAUAUGAUACUCCACACAUCUGUAGUAAAAUAAAAUUGACUUUAUUCUACAAUGUUACACAAUAAACACUAAUAAAAUUGACUUCCGCUCGAA